AUGACGGUCGAGCCCGGAUCUAGUGCAACGGGGCAAAAUGGUGCAUCGACAUCCGACACACCACGAAAAAAUCCUCACACCAUAGCGACGCUCCCAGAAAUCCUCUCAUGUCUGAGCUUUCUCCAAUCUGAAGAGGCCGAGGUAUCCUCGUCUCUCACAGAAAUACUUUCCGCGCGCGAGCCCAUAGUAGACUCGCUCUCUCGUCUGCAGGGGCUCAUGCCAAAACUAGACGAACUGCAAUUGGAUGCGCACCAAUUUGACAGGACCGUGUCGGUUACAGCCAAAACUGCAGACCACGUAGGCGGGCGAGUGCGAUCGCUAGACGAGGAGAUGCGCAGGGUGAGAGAGGCAGCAGAACGAGUGGGGCAGGUAAUGGAACUCAAGUCAUCACUCGCAGAGCUACAGUCAUCGAUGGAGAGCAAAGACUGGGAAUCUGCUACACGACACUGUGCACGGGCCAUGGCCCUUCCAGCGGAGGUCGUCGCCGGCGCAUUCGCAGAGAUGGCAGUUCCUACUUCAGAGAGCCACCUUCCUCCAGCACAGACGCUACAAGCUGCACGUGAAGAGCUACUGGCGAUCUUUCGUCAAGAAUUCGACCGUGCGUCACAGUCGAGAGACGCCGCUGCGACAAGUCGCUUCUUUAAGCUCUUCCCGGCCAUUGGGUGGGAGGUAGAGGGUUUACAGGCGUACGCCGCAUUCGUCGUCGAUCUCGUGAAAGUGCGAGCGCCCGCAUCCGCAAAGACUUCCUCGCCGCUGUACUAUGUUACGGCCCUCACGGCACUUUUUGAGAGUAUUGCAAUGAUAGUCGACCAGCAUCAACCAAUUGUGGACAAGUAUUAUGGACCGGGAAAGAUGACGCCUGUUCUGGAACGUCUACUGCUUGAGUCUGAUCGUGUCGUGAAAGAUCUGCUCGAGGGCUGGGAGGAGGAGCGUGCUAUGAAGCGCAAGAUCUCGGACACGGCGAGCCACCCGCCAAGCGGUGCAGGUCCUGCAGCAAUACGCAGACAAACUGUGGGUGAGGAAGAAGACCCGGUGGAUCCGCGUGACAUUGACCGAGUGCUAACCGAGGCCGCUGGCAUGGGUGGGAGAUGGAGCCUCUUCCGUAGAUUCAUGUACGACCGACUAAAGGAAGAGUUCUCUGAUAGCGAGGACGACGAAGAGGAUCGCCCGCCCGCAUCUCCACGGCCGAAACCGGAAAGAAACCAGAAGGUAGACGAGGACGCUGGUACACUUCCGGGUGGUAUUCAAGCCGUCGAAUCGUGCGCGUCACGACAGCUCAUGGAAGACAUGCUCACAAACUAUUACGUGCCACUCGAGACGUGGUACACCCGGACUAUCAUUGACAAGGCUCAUCGAUUGUCAAAUUCGGAUAUGUUCCAAUCACCAGCAAUGACGACCACGCCAGAUGACGUAUUCUAUAUGUUGAAGGUAGUCUUGUCUCGAUUGCUAUCGUGUGGUUCGAUGGCGGCGGUGAAAACGACUGCCGAGCAGCUCCGGGAGGUGCUAGAUAAGGAAUACACAAGUGUGAUCAGGAGAAAAAUGGACGACGUGUACCGCACAGCUGGGGUUGGCGGCGGCUCAAGGGGAGAGAAGGUGGAGCGAGAGAACCGCCAGGCAUUUAUUAUCCUCUUAAAUGACCUGGAUAUAUCUUCGUCGCAUAUGGAGCGAUUGGUUAAGGAAAUUGCUGCUUCUACAUUGGUAGCGCAAUACUUCUUGGAUACAGAGCAGGAGACAGUCAAGUCCAGCGUGCUCUCCUUCAACAGUCUAGUGCCCAAAUUCCGAUCUGCUCUCAGGGCUGGGGUAGAGCAAUUGUUUAACCAGCUCAUGCGACCAAAGUUGCGCACAUUCAUUCAAGAUGUAUACAAGGAUGUAUCAUACAUUCUCGACGAGGACAGUUACGCUACCGCUGAGUACAAUGACGCCGUGCGGAAGCGUUUCAUCAAGGCAUGGGAGGCACUCGUCGAGGGAUACAAGGAGAUAUUUACAGAAAACAACUUCCGCCUGUUCUUCGGUCUUGCUCUUGACGUCCUGAUUCGACCAUGGGAACGCUUCGUUGUAACACUGAAAUAUAACGAGCUCGGCGCGGUGCGCUUCGACCACGACUUGCGUUCGAUCACAUCAUACCUCUCAUCACAGACCGCAUUCGGCGACGUGCGCGGGAAGUUUGUCCGCAUACAACAGAUAUCCAUCUUGCUGAACCUGGAUUCGGAGGAGGAUGUCGAUGAGUUUUACAACGGUUCAGGGAUUACAUGGCAGUUGAAUGAGCAGGAGGCGCGCGCAAUUGCUGGGUUGAGAACAUGA